UUGUAAACAAAACAGAUGAAGGGGCUGCUCAAAUUUUUAUGAAGAGCGUAAGUCAUUUUCGGCAAACAAAUCUUUAUUUAAUAGUUACACGCCUGAUAAAACAUUUUCCUUGGAUAUGGAAGUUCAAAAUUGUGGUAAACAUAGAUCAGCUGUUUCACCAAUGUAAACCUUUAUCAAGCACCCAAAAAACUGGUACAUACAAUGAAGUGAAGAGACCAUAGAAUCUUUCCUUGUAUAGUAAUAUGUUAGCGUGUUUCUUGCCAUAAUGCUGAAUGAAAAGCCAAAUGUCCGCCAUCGUAUUGGAUCUGCCCGUGCUGGAGGUUGUUCAUCCUCCUCCUCGUCCAGGAUAGGAUCAGCUAAUGCAGGCUUUCCGCGAAGAGCCAACUCAGCUCGACCGGCCUCCAGUGAUCAUUCCCAUCGCCCAAAAUUGUACACAGGUCGUCCUUCUUCAGCGCCUCCUGUAGUACCAAGGAGACGGCCAUCUUCAGCCCCUACACAAGGAGGGGGAGGAAGUUCGGAUUUGUGUUCAUUUAAAAGAGGAGUGGUAGGAGGAGGAGGUGGAUUUCAUUUAAAGACUCAUGAUGUCUCUCAUUUGAACUUGAAAGUAGAGGGAAAAUCAAUACGAUCUGUUGCAUAUGCUCCAAGACGCCAUCAUCCAGUAAGUAGAGGUUCCCUACGGAUAGUAGCCAAUCAUGGGUACUGUACUUCAAGACAGCAAAAGAAGUUCUUUUCAGACUGCAAUGCACUGAAAGCUGUGGGAAAAAUUGAUGUUGGAAGUGAUUCAGAUCGCUCAAGCAUGCUGGACUUUGGAAAGACUUACACAGUUACCUCAGGUUUCCAUCAGCAUCUAGACUAUGAAAGUUCCUCAUCUUUAGAUAAUAGAUGCAAUGAGAACUUUUCUAGUGAUCUGGGUUCUACUUACACAAAACAUGAUAAAACUGGCUGUUUUGUGGAUGAAAAAUGUGGUAGCAUAUUCCCUAAUAAAGUAUCAUACAAUGUACAAAAGUCAAGUGGGAGGAUGAAUCAUGAAAUAAGUACAAUGAUGCAUCCAAUAACAUCAUCAGAAGUUAAGGCACAAGGAGAUCUGGGGAAUUCAGAAGGUGAUUCUAGUGACCAGCAAAAAUAUACCAGUACAUAUUUUACAGAGAAAAGAACUAAGACUAUCGAUAAUUUCCCAGAGCCAUUAAGUGAAAAUUCCUUUAACAUUCGACCGCACGUAACAAAAAAGUCUGGUGAUCAAAGUUUUAACAUUUACACUGAUAGUUCAUAUCAUCAUCAGCACCAGGGCAAUGUUGCGAGCCAUUUAGUCAGAAGAGAUGUGGAUACCACUUCUAAUGAUGGCUCCGAAUGCACUGUAAUAAGUCUUGGUAGAAAAAUACAGUUAAUGGCCACCAGUUACCAUUCACCUCAGGAACAAACAAAGGACACGAAAGAGGAAUCACAUGGAAACCACUGGGACUCAGAAUGGAAACAGCUUCUUAAACAGAAUCAUGAAUUGCUUUUGAGGUUAUCAAGUCGAGAAGACAAUUCUGUUAAUGAAAUUAACGUCGUAAAGUACGACCACGCUAAAGGUGGUAACGUCGUAAAGUAUGACCAUGCUAAAGCUGUUCUGGUUCAUGAUAGUGGUGUUCAAACUGGCUGUAAUGAGGCUGUAAAUAGUUCAUUUUCCAUAAGGGACACAGAAGUUACAGUGGGGGAUGUUGGAGAGAAAUUGGAGAGCAGCAUUUGUUCCCCAGAGGUGGGAUGUGAUGAUGAAGAUGCUUAUUCACCUGCUUCUGUUGAGGAUGAAGAGUGUGUUGCAGGUGAGAACCUGAUAGGAGAGGGGAAUGUCUCUCCUAAAUCAGAUGUGCCUGAAUGCGUUCUUGAGGACAUCAUUGAAGAGUCAAGCCAAAGUAGUAGAUCUUCUCCGAGGGAUAUUGAGGAUUUAUUAGAUUCACCUGAUAUGUUUGUGAACUUUAAAUCAGAACACAAUAAAGAUAGUGGUGAAAGCUCUCCUGCUUCAGAAAAUAAAGGUGAGAAGUCAUCAUCGCCUUUAGGCAGUAAACAGGUAACCGAAUCAGCGAAUAGAGAUUUGAUUGCCACUGAUAAUUUGACACAAAAAGCACCCUACAGUGGAAUAGAUUUUUCGUGCACAACAAAUCUUCCUUCUUAUCGAGUGGGUUUGGCUGCAGGAUUUGCAAUAAGAAGUCUCUACCCAGUUGAAAAGCUGAGUGCAAAAUCUCAACCAUCUAGGGAUUUGAUAGAUGCCUUGAAAAUGAUUGAAGAUGAAGAAAACAAAACGAAGGAAAGCAGAGAAGCAAGCUCAAUAACUCGUAGUGAUCUUAACUUUCAAGGGCCACCAUCUCCAACUUUUCAAGAUAUGGGAAUUAAUACUAAUGGCAACACAAAUGAUUCUAAUCUUGAAACAGUUCAGGAAGUAAAUGUCACCACAAGCUUUGUUGAAAGAACCAGUAACAAGAUCUCCAACAAGUCAGUGUCAUCUUCAGAUGACAGUGCAAAUGAUGAAUGUGUUGGAGCUACUCUCCCAGUUAUACAAGUGUUGGUAGAGAAGGUGUUUCUUUUCACUCAAGACCUAGCUGAAAGGUGGCACCAGGGAGAAUUUACUGAUUAUAGGGAUGAUCUGUUACAACAAGUUGCACAAGCAGAGAAAUUGCUGGAAGAUAUUUGUAUCAAAGAAGGCAAAAAGGAUGAUCCCAAGAAGGCACCUGACUUGCAUUUCAAGUGUGAGGAAAAGGCCCGUAUGAAACAAGAAGAGUCUGAAUCACGUAUACAGAAAAAUUUAGACUUAAUUCGGAAGCUUUUGGAUGACAAGAGGAUGUUGACUGAACAGUGUGAAGAAAUGCAAAAGAGCUUUAGAAUAGCAGAAAAGAAACAUACUGAUAAGUUGAAACUAACAGAAGAGAGGCAGAGUCAAGAGUUGAAGAGUUUAAGAGAAAGAAUUAUGACGGCAGAACAAGAUAAAAGAGAGAAGUGGGUUCAGCAGAAGACAAAAUCUAUCAAGGAAUCGACUUACCGAGGUUUAGAAAGUAAAAUGAAAGACCUGAAUGCCAAGCAUCGCGAUGAAGUCAGCCAACUCAAAGCUCAGCACUGGGACCUUAUGAAAGAAGCUGAGGAGAAAUUCAUGAACCAGAUGCGCAGCCAAGAAGAUGAAUUGAAGAGGAAGUUUGAAGAAGAAAAAGAAGAGUUUUGUAAAAGGGAAAGAGAGCGAGAGCAACAAAGAUUAGAAUUAGAAAUUCGACAGUGCGAACAGCAUUGCCUGAGUAGGAUGGAGGUUCUUCGUAAGCAGCAUGAACAAGAUAUAAAGGCUCUGAUUGAAGAACGACACCACAAUGAAGAGAAGUUGCGUGGUGAUCACAGUGUAGCUAUCAAAGAGGUCACUAAAGAAAAGGACCAAAUACUUGAACAGUUACAAGAAAAGCUUAGACUCCAAACUCGCAAACAUGAGGAGGAACUCAUUUCCAUACGUCGGGAAGAUGAACAUAGUCGCAGCGAAUGGCGAGCCGUUUUCAUGAAGGAGCACAACGAAGCACGUGUUCAGUCCGAAAAAGAGCUGAGAGAAAGAUUGAAGAGGCAGCGAGAUAAAGAGAUUGAGCGAGUCAUAAAAGAGAUCAAGCAAGAGACUAAUACCAGAGAGGAAGAGGAGCACAAGAAUUACGAAUCCAAGAUAAAAAACAUGAGAGAGAGAUACGAGCUUGAGCUGAAUGAACUGGAAACAAGCGAACGAGAAGCAAGAAGUCGUUAUCUUGAAAUGAAAUCCAUCUUGGCUCAAAAAGAGGAGGAAAUCGUAUACCUCAGAGCUCGUCUUCACACACAGGAUAUUGAACUGUGUGAACUCCAACAUAUGUUCCAGCCACCAGGAGACUAAAUUCUGUGCUGUUGUGGCAGGUUUACAAUUGGGUCCAAAAUUGAUUAGAUGAGUUUAAUAAAAAGGAAUUUUUUAUACAUUUUCUAUUAAUUUUCUUCUCUCUUUUUAAUACUUAAUCCAUUCUGGACACAAUGCCCGUUUGAUAAUGCAUUGCCAAACUACACUUUGACUGAUAGUAUGGGAAAAGAAUCUCACUACUGUAAAAUAGGGUAUCUGUUAUACGUAUGUUAAAAUGGUAAAUUUAAGCACACAGAAAGAUAGCUGUUGAAGCCAUUAGAGUGCUUGAUCAGGAAAUGAGCUUUCAAUGGAAAAAACAAAGCACUUGGUGAUUAUUAAACUCACAAAAUUAGCAAGGGGAAUAUCAAAGCAAAUAAAGGCUAUCAGGAAUAGCUCUGAAACGCUGGGUAGGCUACACAGCAGAAUGUAAUAAAGACCUGAAUUUCGUAAUCAACCAAUAAGGAAGAAAACCGGAUACCAGAAUUUAGUUCCCAUCUUCAACGCCUGCAACUAAACUAGGAAAAUGAGAUGAAAGACAAAGGUUAAGGUUUAACAAAUUCAAAUAUAGACCAACCUUCAAGUUACAAGCCUGAAAAGAUAACUACUACAAUAACAAAAUUCCACAGCUUUGAAAACUUUCACUGAACUAUGCAUUCGUGAGUGGCCUCAUAGGUCCCAGUUCUUUGGCCUUUUGCUAAAAUUCUGUAUUCCGGUCCAAAUUAAAUCCUAUGAUUACUAAUUUACAGAAUAGGAAGAUUUGUCUUGUAGGUUGUGUGGAAGCCAUCCAUCUAGGAGUAGUAAGUGGAACAAAUGAAAACCUUAAAUAUGAUCAGAUUUGGAAGUUAGUAACUGAAUAUACUGCUCAAUGGAUUAAAGAGGGAGAGAGAUUAGAUAGCGGUCUUCGUAAAUAUUGCAUUACGCAUUUAUGCAUAUAUGCAUGAACAAUAUCACAAGCAGAGGUAGAUGAGAUUUCUUACUGUAGACAUUCAUAUGUUCAUAUAAAAAUAGUUAAUGGGUAACAAGCAAAUGUUCUAAAAAGCUCCAAGCUGUAUUUGUAAACAUUAUAUAAUGAAGAUUUACAUAAGAUUUCCCACUACUUAUAGGUUGAGACAAAUCAGCUGAUAAUAAGCACAGUAUGGCCUGUGGCAAUAAAAGUUAUUAUUACUGCAA